GUGCAAAAAGCCCUUCAGUUUGAUAACACACUGUGACCGCCGACAGUAUUCAACUUAAUGCUUGUAGUAAAAUUUCAACUCCAACACCCGUACAUCUCAACCUGCAUUGCAUCAUUAGGCAUUAAGUAUCUCUCACUCUGAAUAUUGGAAAUUUGGAAUCUUCAAGAGUCCAAAACUGUCCUGCGGAUUAAAGGCUCUGCGGUGCAAUCAUUCUUGCAAUCUCAGUCCUUACACUAUGCUUUUCAAUGCCUAUUCCUCCGUUUAAAUGAAUCCGUAGAAAGAUUGAGAGGAAAAGAAAGAAGAAGAUGAUAUUUUUCUCGAUCCCCGAGCUUGUUAUAGUGAUCGCAGUUUCGGUUUCGAGAUUGUGUUUCUUAGAAGCUACUACUGAUCCCGUGGACUUGCAAGGACUUCAAGUGUUGUACACUUCACUGAACAGCCCUUCACAACUGAUUGGUUGGAAAGCAAAGGAAGGUGAUCCUUGUGAUGAAUCAUGGAAAGGAGUCAUUUGUGUAGACUCUUCUGUGGUCUCAAUAGAAAUUUCUGGGCUGGGGUUGAAUGGAACAUUGGGAUACCUGCUCAAUUCUCUUACAUCAUUGAAAGAACUGGAUAUGAGCGGAAACAACAUUCAUGAUCUUAUCCCAUAUCAGCUACCUCCAAAUCUCAGAAGACUGAAUCUUGCGAAUAAUAACUUAAGUGGAACUAUUCCUUAUUCCAUCACACUCAUGACUUCUCUUCAUUAUCUGAAUUUCAGCGGCAACUCUCUUGCGCAACCUAUUGGAGAUGUGUUUGCAAACCAUUCUGACCUUUCAACCCUGGAUCUUUCAGCAAACAACUUCAGCGGCGAUCUUCCACCUUCUUUGGGUUUGUUGUCAAAUCUUUCAACAUUUCGCAUGCAGAACAACCAUCUGACUGGUACUCUCAACAUUUUGGUUGAUUUACCUUUGACCGAUUUGAAUGUAGCAAACAAUAGUUUCAGUGGAUGGAUACCAAAUGAGCUCAUUUCUAUCCCCAAGUUCAUAUAUGAUGGGAAUUCAUUUGCCAAUGGUCAUGUUCCUCCUCCGCCACCAUUUACUCCCCCUUCUGCAAGUAGUCCCCACAGAAAAAACUACACUCCACCAGGACCUCAUGAAACUCCAAGUUCUGAUGACAACCUAUCCAGCAAUCCAAACAAGGAAAAGAAAAAUGGUGGAAUUUCAGUUGGAGCUAUCAUCGGCAUAGUUCUGGGAUCUUUAUUUUUAGUUCUCUUGGCUAUUCUUCUGAUUGUAUUUUUCCUCCAGAGGUUCCGGAAGAAGGAAAUUGCAGCAAGGUCAUCCGUUGAAAGUCCUCAUCUCAAUGCAGAUAAAGAGUUGCUAGAUGUAAGAGAAAGGUCAACUUCUAGAAUAGUAGACUUGAAGCUCCCAUCAACAGAGAAAUCCAUGAUUGAAAAGAUGCAAGGGAAGAAUGGAUCUCUAAGAAGAUCCCCUUUUAUUGCUUCUCCUUACACUGUCGCAGCACUUCAAUCUGCUACGAACAGUUUUAGUCAAGAAAAUCUUGUUGGUGAGGGCUCUCUUGGGCGUGUCUAUAGAGCAGAAUUUCCUCAUGGAAAGACACUGGCCAUAAAAAAGAUAAACAGUGCAGCAUUAUCACUGCAAGAGGAAGACAAUUUUCUAGAAGCCGUUUCGAGCAUGUCAAGGCUGAGACAUCCCAAUAUUGUCCCGCUUGUGGGGUACUGUGCAGAGCAUGGACAGCGUCUUCUUGUUUAUGAUUAUAUUGGAAAAGGUAGCUUGCAUGAUAUGCUGCAUUUGGCUGACGAGAGGAGCGAACUGCUGACUUGGAGUGCACGUGUAAGAGUAGCACUUGGCACUGCUCGAGCUCUAGAGUACUUGCAUGAAGUGUGUUUGCCUUCAGUUGUGCAUAGAAACUUCAAAUCAGCGAACAUUUUGCUAGAUGAAGAGCUCAAUCCUCACUUGUCUGACUGUGGUUUGGCUGCUUUGACACCGAACACAGAACGCCAGAUUACAGCGACACACAUGGUUGGUUCAUUUGGUUACAGUGCCCCUGAGUUUGCGUUAUCUGGAGUAUACACUGUGAAGAGUGAUGUGUACAGUUUUGGCGUGGUAAUGUUGGAGUUAUUGACCGGAAGGAAGCCACUUGAUAGCUCGAGGGAGAGAUCAGAACAGUCACUUGUGAGAUGGGCAACACCUCAACUUCACGAUAUAGACGCCUUGUCAAAAAUGGUUGAUCACACAUUGAAUGGCAUGUAUCCCGCGAAGUCCUUGUCCCGUUUUGCUGACAUUAUUGCCCUUUGUGUUCAGCCUGAACCAGAGUUUCGGCCACCCAUGUCCGAAGUGGUGCAAGCGUUGGUCCGGUUAGUCCAACGAGCAAGCAUAGUAGUAAGACGGUCCAGUGAUGAUUCGGGAUUUUCGUUCAAGAAUCCAGAUCAUAACGACCUCACCAUGGACAUGCCAUAGUAGAGUAACUUCUGCAAUUUUGCAAGUAACAUCAGCAGAGGCACAUGGCGAGAGCAGGUUUAAACUGAACUGACAUGAUCACAUGAGAGAAUUGCAGGUGGCUGAUAUAAAAUGAGAAGAAAGUUGUGAAUAAUAAUGUCAGGAUUUUUAACUCGAGAUGGAACGUGGUAGAUAUUCGGUUGAUAUGGGUAAUCUCGAGCGCAACCGAACGAACGAGCUUGCGAGGAAGAAAUCCCGCAAAGGUAAAUCACAUAUUAGCUCUUCAUCUCAAAGUCGAGAUGAUUUUGAUACAAGUUAUGCAAGGAGGGAUGGGGAUGCCAUGACCGACGAACAACUUGAACAAGAAUUGCACCGACAUAAUAGUCGGUUUUUCCAAGACCAGUCGAGGACCAUUGACGAAGAAGAGCUCGAGGACGACGAUGUGGAGGAAGUAAUUCCGGAGAGCCACGACGGUGACGCGGAGGAGGGUGGGAUUAGACGUAUUUGGGGUAAUGGUCAACUUAGAAAAAAAUUGCAUGAUUAUUUGAUUGAAAGAGGUGAAAAAUAUGUGGCUUUUCCUAAAAAUUUGUCUAUUCGUUGGAAUAGUAUUUAUAAGUUAAUUGUAGUUCUUCUUAGAUAUAAACAACAUUUUCCUGCUUUUAUGAAACAAUAUGAUAACUAUAUUAUAAACUCGGCUGAGAUUGACACCUGCGAAAAAAUUUGUAAUGCUUUGGUAUAUUUUAAUAAUGCAACUGAAACUUUUAGUCAUGUUUAUAAACCUACCUCAAACAAUUUUAUUCGUGAAGCUGUUAAUUUCGCCGGUGCUUUUUCAAAUUUUGAGAAUGCCGAUUAUGUGAGUUAUUUUGCUAGUUUUAUGAAGGAAAAGUUUUUAAAAUAUUAUUCACAUAUUCCGCAUAUUUAUGGUAUUGCAUUUGUUCUCGAUCCUCGUUUUAGACUUGGUUCUCUAGAAGAAUGUUUGAAUUAUUAUUGUGCUGCUUUUUUUGGUCCAAUGCCAAUGUAUGACGACAACCCAAUUGAUCCGAAAAAAGAAUACAACGAGGUUAGUGAUAUAUUUUAUGCAUUAUUUAAUGAGUUUCAUGCACAAUAUGGCAACACGCCCCCUCCCCCGACACAAACCUCUUCAUCUAAAGGAAAAUCAAUUUUGAAAUCUACAUUUGCCAAUCUUAUUAAAAAACUAAAACAACACCCGCUAGGCUGCUACUCAACAAAGCACAAUUAAUGUGAUUUCUUUGUAUUUAACAUAGGGUUUAAUGCAUCAAAUCCCCCUGUGAUAUGGAAAUUCGGUGCAUUAACCCUCUGUAAUUCAAAAAAUGCGUCAAACUCCCUUGUGUUUUAAUUAAUUAUGCGUAAAAUCCCUUCUAUGAACAAAUUCAAUUAUCAAAUAUAAGAAAAAUGAUUAACACUUUCGUAUGGUUCAGAGAUUUUGACAUAUUUACUUGCAUAUUCAAUCGGAAUAUUUGGAAAAGUGAUCUCAAAAUCAUUAAAUUUAGUCAUAAAAGGGGUUAUGUGCAUGAUUAAUUAAAACACAAGGGGGUUUGAUGCAUUUUUCAAAUUACAGGGGACUAAUGCGCUGAAUUUCUAUAUCACAAGGGGGUUUGAUGCAUUAAACACAUUUAACAUAUGAUGUUGAUUUUGAAGAAGAUGAUGAAUUUGACGUUCUAAACUGGUGGAAGGGAAAAGAAAGAAUGUUCCCUGUUUUAGCAAAGAUGACUAAGCAAGUGCUAUCAAUGCCGGUUUCAACAGUUGCCGUCGAACAAGAAUUUAGUUCGGCCGGCAAUGUCCUAACGCAAUGUAGAACGAGGUUGAGCGCAGAAUCUCUUGAGAUGUUUAUAUGUUACCACGAUUGGUUGAAGGCGGCCCGUAGAGCUCAAGGAAUUGACAUCACCCCAUCCCAACACUUUAUGAAUGAAUCUACAACCGAGGGUGACUCUACCUAUUACGGAGAUUCCGAUUGAUUAGUAUUUCACUAUUUCAUGUUUUAAUUUUACCUUCAAUUGUAAAUUUGUAACUUGUAAACUCUUAUUCCGAUUGUUUUUUUAUAUGUUUAAAAAAUUUCUAUAAAUACUCAUAUUUUCUAACAUUU